AAAAUGGUAGCGCGUGAAUUUAAACAUUUAAACCAGAGCAUAUAAAUCAACUUAUUUGAUUUAUAAGCUCUGUUUAAACCAUGAGAGGUGUAUGUCAAAUUUGCACUGAACAUUUUGACGCUACCAAACAAAUAUCGGCUGUUUCGUGUGGACAUACAUUUCAUUUUCACUGUGUCAGUCAAUGGCUUAAAGAGUCAUCUACGUGUCCGACGUGCCGUGCGAGAUGUACAACGAGACAACUCAUCCAGCGGCUGUACUUUGAAGAUCCGGGGGAUGGAGAUGGGCAUGAUCCCGAUCAUCUUCACAAUCAACUGCAGUCAUUGAAUGCAGCCAUCCUAGCCAAAGAUUCGAAAAUUGCCAAGAUUCUGAAAGAAAAUGAAUUGCUCUCCAUCAAAUGUGACAGAGAGAAGGAGAAAUGUAAAAAGCUUCAGGAAUCCGUUAAAAACGAGAAAAUGGUUCGCCAGGCUCUCAAGGACCAGCUGAGGGUGGUGGAGAAGCAGGCACAGGCUGCGGAGGCAGCACGCCAAGAUGCCGCAGAGCUACGCAAAAGACUCACGCUCUACACGAGAGAGUUGGCUGGAGCUACAGCAGGCAGGAAGAAAGUGAAUGCUGAAUGCACGAAACUACAGAAACGACUCUUAUGCGUAGAAAAUGUGUUGAAUCAGGAGCGGCGGGAGCUAGUGACGCUGCAGGAGCAGCUGAGCAUGGCGGAGAAUGACCUCGAACACUCAGAGUCAUCAAUAGAGAGCCUGAAGAAGAAAGUAGACAUGCUGAUGGAGAACAGUGCUGUGCGAGGAAAACCUGGAAUCCAGCAUAUUAGAGAAAGCGUCUUCAACUCGCCGCUUGCGGAGAGAAACGUCGGCAGCAAGCGAGUGCGACUGUCAUCGCCGGAGGAAGACGGCGACAAGUUUUGCAGUCCGCAGUUUGUGAAGCCGAGCCCCGCGACGCAGAGACUGCACCAGGCAUGCGACGAAUACACUCUUCCUCCACUCAAGAUUGCUUCCAAAGCAAAAUCAAUGAAAGCUAAGUCGAACUCUUGCAACAAUCUCCCCCGGGUUAGUGCUUACAUGACAACUAAAAAGGCCUCCACCACGGCUUCCAGUUCUUCGUGUAUCUUUAAGACUGGCUAUGAUGGUUUAGGCGGUACAUCAAAGACUGUCAAGCUCACGUCAGGGAAACCGAGCCAGUCAAAGCCGAUCCAUCAUCCAAAGAAUCGAUCCACAGAUGUUCUUGCUCAGAUGAUGGAUAAAUAUUUGCUAUGACGUUCCUGUUGCUGUCUCGUUACUCUGCUGACUGCAGAUAAACGUUUGAAUACUUUUUUCAUGUGAGGAAGACUACUGCAUGUGUCAUUAAGAGUAUAUAUAUAUAUAUGAAUAGUGUGUAAUAUGAAAUUGAAUCUUCAUUGGAUGUCAAAGGCAUUUCAAUAUUAUUAUUAUUUAUUUAUGACCACAUUGUUUGUAGGACCCUUAUUGCUCUAUUCUGCAAAAUAUGUACAUAUGUUGUUUAUUUCCUUGGAAGCAUAUUGAAAUAUUAGGAAAUUGAGGAUGGUAAUGGUUUGGUUUAAAGGGCCCAUGUCCCCCUGGCUGCGAGAACGUUUCCUUAACUCUAACUUAUAAAGUACUAUAGUAAAUCCCCAAGUCUCGUAACCAUGAAGACAUAUGGUCCCUUUUAUCAAAAAUUUGUGAACGUGUGUAACUAACUAAAAUGCUAUAUCAUCUGAUUAUGUACAUUGGAGAUAUAAUUGGUGUCAAAAUAUACCAUAUUGAAUUUAAA